ACACACACACAGUGCAGAGACCAUGUGGUGGUUCCAGCAGGGGAUGAGCUUCCUGCCCGCCGCUCUGGUCAUCUGGACCGCGGCGUCCUUCAUCUUCGCCUACAUCACAGCGGUGGUGCUGAACCACGUGGAUCCUCUGGUGCCUUAUAUCAGCGACACAGGAACGAUGGCACCAGAGAGGUGUGUGUUUGGCAUCAUGCUGGAUGUGUCGUCCUUUUUGGGUAUGGCCACAGUGUACGUGCGUUACAAACAGGUGGAGGCUCUGCUGGGUGACAGCGAGAUCAGACUCCAGAGAGUGAACCGCUUCGGGCUGCUGCUGGGUUGGAUCAGCUCCUUCGGGAUGUGCGUGGUCGCCAACUUCCAGAAGACCACGCUGUUCUCCAUGCACCUGGUCGGGGCGGUGCUGACCUUUGGGGUCGGGGCUCUCUACAUCCUGGUUCAGACGCUGCUCUCGCUCAACAUGCAGCCUCACGUCCACAGCAGGACCAUCUACCUGGUCCGCCUCGGUAUCGGACUCUGGACCCUGUGCAGCAUCAUCAGCAUGUUUGUAUCAUCAGUCAUCAUGUACAGCAGUCUGCCGGGAGUCGACGUCAAAAACAAACUGCACUGGACCCCUGGAGAGACGGGUUACACCGCUCACAUCAUCAGCACUAUAUCUGAGUGGUUUCUGGCCUUCUCCUUCAUCAGCUUCUUCCUCACCUACAUCAGAGAUUUUCAGAAAAUUACUCUGCGGGCAGAAGCAGAUUUGCACGGCAGCCACCUGUACGACUGGUCCUACGGCGGCAUCCCACCGUCACAUCGCCACAAACCUGAGGCCUCCGAGUCGUCUCCGCUGCUGGCAGGAGGAACAUGACCGGCAGCAGCACAGCGUCCUACAAGAAGUGCUUUUACACCAAUUUACACUUUCUAAUUGUAUUUAAAGGCUUUUCAGAGUUUCUUAAAAAAAGGUGGUGUGGCAGCUUGUAACAGGGUCACUUCAACCGAAUAUAUUCUGUCUCUCUCUUCUCUGUUGUGGUGUCUCUACAGUCGGACAGUCUGUCUCUGGUCUCUGAGAUUUCUGCCUCCAUCCCAACACAGUGGAGGCAGAAAUCUCUAAAGAUACCAUCAGAGGAGAGAAGAGUGUUCUUUAUUUUUUUAUUUUUUUUAAUGAAGCAUUUUUUGUGAACUGAGCCUUUAAAAACCAAAAUAUGACGCUUUGCACUUUUCCCUCAAACUGCAUCAGCCUCUCUCGCUGACUUUGUCCUGUUCAGGGCUGCACUUUGUACCCUUUACCCUUUA